CAAUGUUGGCGGGCGAACUAAAUUUUCUACUGGGGCUUUGCCAGCGCAUUUCCUACUGGGCAUUUGUAAUCGGUGAUUCUCUUUUGUGCAUUGGAAUUUCACCGUUACGUUCGCUAGAAGUAGCAAUGCAGCUGCAAAUUUCGGCAGCGUGAUUUAAUUUGAAUUUGUAUUUGAGCCCAAGCAGAGGCAAAUAAUUGUUAACAAUAAAAUAGGGAUUUGAAGGUGUGCGCAGAGCACGAAUAUUUCAGCAAAUAUUGAUCCACUACAAGUUGUUGUUUUCGAGUAGUGGAUUGCUCGAAGUACGAGCAACGGCACACCAACCAAGGCACGGAUCCGGUGCCAACAUUCUGAAAUAUUCGUUCUCAAUCUGAAAUAUUCUUGCUAAGACUCGAAUAUUCAGUCUUAUUUUGGAAUAUCAGUCUGAAUCUGGAAUAAUAUCAGUUUUUUGGAGACAAACAUAUUGUGUGUGGAGCACUUUGAAAGUUUGCAAUUUGGAGUCGUGACAUAACCUCAACCACGACUAUGGCAAAUCGGGAGGAACACGUGCCUGGAAAAGAGAUGACGAGUGAUGGUCAGCAAUCAGAUGGAGCUGCUCCUCAAGAUCCAAUUGGACCUGCCAAUGGUUUACAUGAAGCCGUUAAUGUGCAGGCAGCUGUCGCGGGUUUUGAGCGCAAUGGAGCAGCAAAUAUAGGCCGCUCAUCUUCGUCAUAUGGAAUCAGCACAUCGUCGAGUUCAUCAACUCCUAUCCAGCAUAAACCGGCAAACACACAAAUGUACUUCGAUAGUUCGGGAUAUGGCACGGUGGUCAACAAGCUCCAUAUGGAUUCAUCUCGUGGAGGAUUGUCAAUGCCAUAUCAAGCGAACACUGCAGCAGCGAUGGGUGGUAUAAUCAAUGGAUUGCCACAGCCGGGAUCAAUGGGAUUGCCCAGUAAUCUUCAACAACCAAAUGACAUGCACGCUGCCAAUUCAUUGGCUAGAGUGGGCUUUGACGGCCGCUCAAAUUAG